AUGUGGCAGCAGGGGGAUUUCUUGUCUGCUGUGGAGGAUGCAGAGAACCAGUUCGCUGGCUCACUGCCUGUGAAUACUGGGUGCCUGAGAUCUGUCUCUUCCCAGCCACAGGUGACUGUGCAGGCACAGUCCUCCAGACGGCUGCCAUCACACGCUACUUCUCCUUCAGAAGCUCCAGGCCUGCCAGCCCUGGGUCUUCGCCUCCCUAUCUCCAGCAUGUCCAGGGCCGUCGAGGGCUCCCUUUCUAUGGGAACAGACCUCCUAAGGUCUGCCUCGACUUCCAGCAGCUGGACUGGCAAUCAAAAAGAAGCAAUACUGACAGAAGUACUCCGAGAGCCAGCAAGACCCCAGUCCUCAGCCCCCCACCCCCUGCUCACUUUUGAGAGCCAACAGCAGGUGGUUGGUGGCCUAGAGGGGCCUGAGCAAGCUGAAUUUGAUAAGGUCCUGGCAAGCAUGGAGCUGGAGGGGCCUGGCAUGGAGCAGGAACUUGGAGUUAGCAGUGAGGCCACAAGAAUCCUGCCUUCCUGGCAGAGCAAGGACUCAGUAUUGGCUAAAAAGGCCCGGAUAGCUGAGCUGAGUGGCUCUUGGAAAAAGGGGCCUAUGCAUGCCUCCCAUGUAACAGGUAUCCCAGCAGCCCAGGACCAGCCUCGACAUCCUGUUGUCCACUGCAGGACUCCCCAGCGCCACUUGAGACCUGUUGCCCCAGGUCACCUUCCCAUCCCGACUGCUCGGACAGUUCUCAAGCAGCAAUCCCACUUGGAAGUUUGUCCCAGAGGCACCCCUCUUCUAGUACCCUUAACUAUUCAAAGCAGCCCUCAGAAGUGCCUACCGGGUCAGUCAUUCCAAUCUCCAGGCUUAAGCAGCAACGCUCAAUAUCCUGGACCACAAGCUCCCUACUCACACUGUUCUACUCCCUCAAGGGCUAGCUCUGGAUUGUUUUCUCGGGGGCUCGUAGAACCCCGAGCUCCAGUGGCUUCUGUUGAGUCUCCUGCUGGCACCUCAAAGGGUCCCCAUUUCUCCCUCAUUCCCCAAGCAGCUCUGCAGACUCCCAUGGUCACAAACCAUCUGGUGCAGUUGGUCACUGCUGCCAACCGGACACCACAGCAGCCCACCCGCACCUCCACCCGGGCCAAAACACGCCGCUUCCCGGGCCCAGCAGGGAUCCUGCCUCACCAGCAUAGUGGGAAGAACCUGGAGGAGAUCAUGGUUUCCACACCCCAGACUCCGACUCAUGGUGCUCUGGCUAAAUUCCGGACAGAGGGCCAGAUUGUUGCUAGUUCCCAGGCAUCAGUGGAGGAGGAUUUUGGGCGAGGGCCCUGGCUGACCAUGAAAUCUGCUCUGGGCCUGGAUGAAAGAGACCCCACCUGCUUCCUCUGUACCUACAGCAUCGUCAUGGUGCUGAGGAAGGCCGCCCUGAAGCAGCUCCCCAGGAACAAGGUCCCCAACAUGGCGGUGAUGAUCAAGUCCCUGACUCGGAGCACAGUGGAUGCCAGUGUGAUUUUCAAGGACCCCACAGGAGAGAUGCAGGGGACAGUGCACAGGUUGCUACUGGAGACACGCCAGAAUGAGCUGAAGCCUGGCUCGGUGCUGCUGCUAAAGCAGACUGGAGUGUUUUCUCCCUCGCUCCGAAACCACUACCUCAACGUGACACCCAAUAACCUGGUCCACAUUUUCAGUGCAGAUUCUGGGGAGGGGAACUUCUUCAAGCCAUCUCAGCCCUUCCCCAAGGAUCCAGGAAGCUUCCGUGGCAGCCUCCAGCCCGAUGUGGCUGUGAAGCCUGGGCAAGGCUCCAGAGCAGCACAGCACCCGGAGGCAGGGGUGACCACUGAGGAAGAACUCCCAGAAGCAGACGACCUGGAUGGACUCCUGAGCGAGCUCCCUGAGGACUUCUUCUCUGGGACCAGUAGUUGGGAGUGCCCCAAGGCAGGGCACCCACCGUGAACAGGCAGCCUCUCAGCACCCAGGCAAGGCUCUGCAUGUGUCUGAUCAUGACCAAGGGAAAGAUGACGACCAGCACGACUGGAGGACAAAGCUUGGGCCUUCUCUGGUUGCUCCACCAGGAUUCUCGCUCUAAGAACUCUGGUCUCUUGGAUUCUGCGCUGCUAUCAUGCUGGGACAUGGCAUACCAGAACUUGGCUCAAGACUGACUCUAGCCUUGCAGUCCUCCAACCCUCUGGUGCAUUGUUCCUUCUCCUGCCAACAGGGAAGGUGUGUCGCCUUUGGUGUUACUCUCGCCACCUCAGCUGGACUUUAGAGGAUGCUGGGCCUGAUUUCCUCAUCCCUUUACUCCUUAGUCCCUGGAGGGCUCAGGUGCUGAGAGGGGCCACAGCA